AUGGCCUUGCAACCAGCUCUUCCAUGGGUUUAUGAUGUGGUCUUGAGUUUUAGAGGUGAAGAUGUUCAACAAAACUUUAUUUCUCACCUAUAUGAUGCUUUGCGUAAAAAGGGAAUCAAUACUUAUAUUGAUGAGCACCUUGAAAGAGGAAAGGAAAUUUCACUGACACUUCUCAAAGCUAUUGAGGAGUCAAGGAUUUCGAUUAUCGUUCUUUCUAAAAACUAUGCAUCAUCCACGUGGUGUUUGGAGGAGCUGAUGAAGAUUCUCGAGUGCAGAGAAAUGAAACAACAAAUAGUUAUACCGGGAUCUUUGGAUGGGGGAAUUGGAAAGAAAACUAUUGCCAAAGCGAUAUAUAAUAUAAUUUCUUCUAAAUAUGAAGGUAGUUGUUUCUUGAAAAACAUUAGAGAAACAUCACAGAGCGAGUAUGGUCUAGUCCAAUUGCAAGAGACUCUUCUUUCUAAUAUCCUAGGAGCAUCUUCUGUUUGUAAUAUUGGCCACGUCGACAGAGGAAUCAAUGUGUUAAAGAAUAAACUUUGUUAUAAAAGAGUUCUUCUAAUUCUUGAUGAUGUGGAUGAUUGGGAACAAUUGAAAGCUUUGGCCGGAAAUCGUGAUUGGUUUGGUUCUGGCUAUAGAAUCAUUAUAACAACAAGGGAUAAAAAUCUACUGAGUAACUAUGAAGUUGAUGCAACAUAUGAAGUGGAGGAAUUGAACCAUUAUGAAGCUCUAGAGCUAUUUAGUUUGUGUGCCUUUAAAAGAAAGAAACCACUUGAUAACUACGUGGAACUUACACAACGUAUAAUACGUUAUGCUGGGGGCCUUCCUCUAGCUUUGGAAGUGCUUGAUUUGGAUCUACAUGGUAAAAGUAUACAUGAAUGGGAAAGUGCUAUGGAAGAGUACAAAAGAAUUCCUCACGAGAAGAUUCAACAAAUACUUAGAACGAGCUAUGAUGGUUUGCGUGAAAGUGAGAAGAAGAUUUUUCUUGACAUUGCAUGUUUCUUUAAGGGAGAGAAUGUAGAUUAUGUUGUGAAAAUAUUAGAUAGUUGUGGUUUAAAUCCAAAUAUUGGAAUAAAAAAAACUGAUGGAUAAGUGUCUCAUUACCAUUGAUGAUUGCAAUAAAUUUGAGAUGCAUGACUUGCUACAAGAUAUGGGUAGAGAAAUUGUUUGAGAAGAAUUACCAAAAGAGCCCAGUGGACGCAGUAGAUUGUGGUAUCAUGAAGAUAUUCGUCAUGUACUUGAAGAAAAUACGGUAAGAAUAACUUUCAAAAAUGAUUUUAGUUUACGCAUGUUUGGUAAUUUACAAGAAAAUACGAAUUUUUUGCAACCAAAAACUUUGUCCACAAAAGUCAUUUAUGUUGCAGUGGAACCAAUUAUAAAAAUGUAGAUUUUUCUUAUAAUUAUUUUCGAGUAAAUGGUGAUGAAGAAAUGCAUUUGUAAGUGCAUAUAUAUACUGGCUGUCCAUUGAACUAUAUAUUAUAAUUCUAGCAGUUACCAAAUUAUUAUAUAGAGGAUUUAAUGCUUUACUGUAUUGUCUCACCAUGUAGGGAACAAACCAAAUUGAAGGCAUACUAAUAGAUUUACCUAAAGAAGACAUCAUAUGCUUGAAUUCGGAGGCAUUCAUGAAGAUGAAAAACCUGAGAUAUUUCAUAAAUCAUAAUGCACGCUUCUCUGGAGUCCUAAUUAUCUUUCUAACGAGUUAAGAGUGCUUAAUUGGGUGGGAUAUCCUUCACAAUCGUUGCCAUAUAAUUUCCAUGGAAGGAAGCUUGUUGAUCUCAGAAUAAGUGAUAACCUCUUGAAGGAAUUGGGAGUGGGAUUCCAGAAUUUCCAGAACUUGUCCAAGAUGCACUUCUCUCGUUGUGAAUUUCUGACAAAAAUCCCCAAUCUUUCUCGGAUUCCAAAUUUAGAGUGGUUGGAUGUUGCUGAUUGUACAAACUUAGUUGAGGUUCAUUCUUCUUUUGGAUCCCUUGAUAGGCUUGAGCAUCUCUCAUUUGCCAACAAAGCUCAAGUUUAGGUAUCUUAAAUGCCUCUGGGUUGACGGUUGCUUAAGCCUUCAAAAUUUCCCUGAAAUCGAGUUUGAAAGGGAAUGUUUAAGGAAUCUUAGUUUAGCAAACACCGAUAUAAAAGAAUUGCCUUUAUCCAUUGAGCACCUCUCUGGGAUUGAAAUAUUACAUCUAAGAGGCUUCAAAAAUCUUCUGCAUCUCCCCACUGGAAUUCUUCGAUUACGACGUCUGAAGGCUCUUUGUCUAGCUGGCUGUUCAAAAGUUGUUUUUAUUUCAAAUAUCUUGAAGGAUGAUUGUUGCUCAAUAGA